UUUAAAGUGGUGGGUCCAGCUGCUCCUCUUGUUGCUGUAGCUGGUGAAGAUCUGGUUCUUCCCUGUUCUCUCCAACCCAGCUUCAGUUCUGAGGGUAUGAGAGUGGAGUGGUACAGACUGCAUCGGACAGACACACUGGUACAUCUGUAUGAAGAAUAUAAAGACAGAAAUGGAGAUCAGAUGGAGUCUUACAGAAGGAGAACAGCUCUGUUUAAAGAAGAACUGAAGAAAGGAAACACCUCACUGAAACUCUCAGCUCUCCAACCUUCUGAUGAUGGAGCUUACAAGUGUUUAAUAGAGUAUGGAUUGCAGUAUGAUGAUAUAACUCUUUAUGUUGAAGUUAAAGGGAAAGGUUUUCAUGGUUGGAAGAUUACCAUCAUCUGCAUUUCUGUUUUUGCUGUUAUUUUAACAGCUUUUACAGCUUACAUCUGGAGAGAUAAAUACUCUGAAUACUCUGAUACGCUCUCUCCUAAACAGUGCUCAGUUAUAUCCUACAUGCGUCUCCACACCGAGAAUCCCCGCAAAGAGCUGGACCUGAGCAAAUUCAACACAUCAGAGGAAGGACACAGGAGACUCAUCCCAGCUGUAUCAAACUGCAGGAAGGCUCAAUUAGCUGGCUGUAAUCUCACUGAGCAGUCUAUUGAAACCUUAAGUACAGCUCUACAGUCAGAAAACUCCGCCCUGAAAGAGCUGGACCUCAGUAACAACGACCUGCAGGGAUCAAGGAUGGAGAAACUCUCUGCUGGACUAAAGAGUUCAAACUGUAAACUGGAGAUACUCAGAUUAGCUGGCUGUAAUCUUACUGAGCAGUCUAUUGAAACCUUAAGUACAGCUCUACAGUCAGAAAACUCCACCCUGAAAGAGCUGGACCUCACUAACAACAACCUGCAGGGAUCAAGGAUGGAGAAACUCUCUGCUGCAUUAAAGAGUUCAAACUGUAAACUGGAGAUACUCAGGUUAUCUGUGUGUAAACUCAGUGAACACUCAUGUGAGAAUCUGCAGUCAGUUUUACAAUCAGAAAACUCCUCACUGAAAGAGCUGGACCUCACUAACAACAACCUAAAGCAUUCAGGAAUGGAGAAACUCUCUGCUGGACUGAAGAGUUCACAUUGUAAACUGGAGAUACUCAGACUUGCUAUGUGUAAACUCAGUGAACAGUCCUGUAAUACUCUUCAGUCAGUUUUACAGUCAGAAAACUCUCUGAAAGAGCUGGACCUCAGUGACAAUGACCUGACGGACUCAGGAGUGGAGUUGCUCUCUGCUGAACUGAACAAUUCACACUGUAAACUAGAGCGACUCAGUCUUGCUAUGUGUGAACUCAGUGAAAAAUCCUGGGAGACCCUGCAGUCAAUUUUACAAUCAGAAAACAACUCUCUGAAAGAGCUGGACCUCAGUAGAAAUGACCUGCAGGAUUCAGGUCUGGAGAAACUCUGUGCUGGACUAAAGAGUCCUCACUGUAGACUGGAGAUACUCAGAAUUGCUUAUUGUAAACUUCAAGGACCUUGCUGUGAAACUUUGGGAUCAGUUUUGAACCUGGAAAACAACUCCCUGAAAGAACUGGACCUCAGUAACAAUGACCUGCAGGAUUCCAUAGAGAAACUCUCUGAUGGACUCAAGAGUUCACACUGUAAACUGGAAACUCUCAGACUAGCUUUGUGUAAUCUUGGGGAACAGUCCUGUGAGAGUCUGGGAUCAGUUUUAAAACUGGAAGCCUCCUCUCUGAAAGUGCUGGAUCUCAGUAAUAAUGACCUGCAGGAUUCAGGAGUGGAGAAACUCUGUUCUGAACUGAAGAGUUCACACUGUAAACUGGAGAUACUCAGGUUAUCUGGUUGUAUGAUCACAGAGAAAGGAUGUUUAUCUCUGGCUUUAUCUUUAAGUUCAAACCUGAAAGAACUGGAUCUGACCUACAAUAACCCAGGAGAGUCUGGAGUGAAGGAGCUCUCAAAUAAACUGAAGGAUCCACGCUGCAAACUCAGCACACUCAGAGUGGAGCAUGGAGGGAACAUCAGAUUGAAAACAGGACUAAAGAAAUACGGCUGUGAUCUCACACUGGAUCCAAACACAGCGUACAGUGAUCUCUCUCUGAGUGAAGAGAACAGGAGGGUGGAGUUUGGAGGAGGGCUGCAGCCGUAUCCUGAUCAUCCAGAGAGAUUUGAUUACUGGGAGCAGGUUCUGAGUAGAGAGAGAGUUACUGGACGCUGUUACUGGGAGGCUGAGUGGAGCGGAGGAGGAGCUGCUGUAGCUCUGAGUUAUAAAACCAUCAGCAGGAAAGGAGGAGGUUCAGACUCUCGGUUUGGAGAGAAUGAAAAGUCCUGGAGUCUGAAGAUCAUUAAUAACAGAUACUCUGUUCUUCACAAUAAACACAUCACUGCUCUCCCUCCUCCUCCCUCUCCCUCUAACAGAGUAGGAGUGUAUGUGGACUGUCCCGCCGGCACUCUGUCCUUCUACACCAUCUCCUCUCAUACACACACACCCUCCUCACACACACCCUCCUCACGCACACCCUCACACACACCCUCACACACACCCUCACACACACACACAUUCACACACCUACACACAUUCUACACCACAUUCACUGAACCGCUCUAUGCUGGGUUUUAUGUUUAUCUGGGCUCCCCAGUGCGUCUGUGUGAUAUAGAAUAGUGUGUGUUUGUUUGUGUGUGUGUUUGAGAGAGAGAUGGAUUGUGAGUGAUGGUGUUUGUGUGUGUGUGUGUGUGUGUGUGUGUGUGUGUGUGUGUGUGUGUGUGUGUGUGUGUGCGUGUGAAAGAGUGUAAGUGUGCAUUAGUAUAUGUCUGAGACUGUGUUUGUGUGAGAAUGUGUGAUUGUGAGAGAGAGAGAGAGAGAGAGAGUGUGUGUAAUUGUGUGUGUGUGUGUGAGUGAGUGUGCAAAUCUUCAUCAUAAUAAUCUACAA